AUGGCCAUCCAGCUUGGCGCGACGGCCAUCUUUGGCAUGUUCUGCUUCUUCCAAGGCUUCAUCCAGCGCACGCACCACGUCUCGUCCGACAACGUCAGCAUCUACAUUGGCCUCCUUCAGUCCAUCUUUAUCGCGUCGUACUCGAUCUUCAUCUGCGUCUUUGGCUACCUCUCGAUGACGCGCAAGCCGUUCCAGCUCAUGGCCAUCUCGCUCUUUGUGUGGAUCCUCUCGAUCGUCAUGUGCGGUCUCGCCAAGCCGCUCGACAGCUUUUAUUUGCUGCUGUCUGGCCGGCUCAUUUCGGGCAUUGGCGAGGCGUCGUUCCAUGCGACGGCGCCGCCGUUCAUCGAUGAGUUUGCGCCGCCGGCGAAGCGAACGCUCUGGCUCGCGUGCUACUAUGCGACGUUCUCGAUUGGGCAGGCACUCGGGUUCUCGUACGGCUCGGUGACGGCGCGCACGGUCGGUUGGGACUAUGGUUUCUACCUCACGGCGGUGCUCAUGGUGCCGGUGGUGUACGCAUGCUAUGCGUGGAUCCCUGCUUUCUUUGACAAACCGCUGGCCCUCUACGCCUCCGACGACAACGACGACAGCUGCAACGUGCAGAUCACGACACCGACGAGCCCCGUCCUCUUGGCCGACGUCCAGCCGACGGCCAAAGCACCGCCAGUUGCGACGUCGUUUCUUCACGAAGCGUGGACCAUUGUGCGCAACCCAGUGUUUCUGGGCGCGACGCUCGGCCUCGCAGCGUUUACGUUCACGAUGAACGGCAUGAUUGCAUUCGCCCCCGCCAUCCUCAUUGGGUACGAGCUCAUGGACGCGUCGAUCGCGUCGACGGCAUUCGGCGGCAUCGUCGUGCUCGCCGGCUUGCUCGGGUCGCCGCUCAGUGGGUACGUGCAAGACCGCCUUUGCGCUGGCCGCGAACACGACCGCUUCUUCCGACUGCAGCGCGCGGCAGCGCAAAUGUCGGCCCUCAUCUCGUUCGGCGUCGUGCUUCUCUUCGUGUCGGUGGCGUGCAUGCACAGCAAAGUCGGCUUCUUUGUCUUUUUGUUUGGCGGCUUUCUCUGCGUGUUUGGAACGCAAACCGUCACGACGAUCGUGCUGCUCAUGAGCGUCGACCACGUGCAGCGCGGGUUUGCCAUGGGCCUCAGCACGUUCCUCCUCCAUCUCUUUGGCGACGUGCCCGCGGGUGUCGUGCUGGGUGCGCUCAAAGACACCUGGGCACCGCACUGCGGCAGCAAGAUGGACGCGAACGGCAAGGACGUGCUCGACCCCGAGUGCCAUAAGGACAAGGAAGGGCUCCGCUAUACACUGGCCUUUGCGUAUGGCUGGCUGCUAUGGACAGUGCUCUGCUACGUGUUUGUGUUUGGGAUCGCGUGCAAGUGGUAUCGCGCAGCAAGAACCAAGGUCGAUGCUAGCUUGCACUGCAGCUCCAUGGGCUAGUCGUGCUCAAGAUCGCCCCAGUACUAUAAGAACGCCCUAGUACUAUAAGAACGCCCUAGUACUAUAAGACGACUUGAAUUGUAUUGCAAUUGCACC